UUGUAUUAAAAAGCGGGUGUAACCCACCAUCAGAAGUGCAGUACUCUCAGAACGAGAAAGUACAGCAGUGGCUUCAGUUCACAACAACCUGCUUUUUUAUAUUUGGGACUAAUUGAAGACUUUUUGUUUUGCUCGCGAGAGGGAUCAUUUUCACCUGCAGAGACUUCGACGAGAAGAGAAGAAGCUGAGGAGGGUGAAUGAAGACGGCCCAGAAACAGUGUGUUACAGUGAACAAACCGAAAGUCAAGAGACGCCCGAGGUCGAGGAGGAAGAGGCAGCUGAUGCCAGAGAAGAGGAGCAAGCGUCUGAAGGAGAAAACAAAGAGUGUGUGAACUGUGCAGCUGCAGCAGCAACACACAGCCACUAUCAGUGAGUGAGAAGAGGUUGAUGAUUACGUCUCCAGUCAAAUGGCGAAGAGGAUGUUUCAUGAGAGUGGGGACGAUGGCCGAUCAGUCAUGGGAAUGUUGGCAGUGCAGGUGGAGAGGGACCCAAAGACAGGGGCCACCGUCGUCAGAUCAGUGGCGCCGACAUCGGCUGGUGCCGAAAGGGUCCACACGGUCUUCGACGAUGGCAGGAAGAGCAUCCACACUGUGGGCGGGUCAGGAGGUCAACCCUCGACCGAAGAGCUCGGGCAGAUCCUGAGCGUCAUCGACGGGGUCGGGAUGGAAGCGCUGCUGGAUGAAGUCACGGUCGUUCCGAAGAUGACGGAGGUGAAGACUGAGAAUGUCGAAGCGUCCGGGAUCCCGCAGGAAAAACUGUGUUUUUCCACCAGUCAGGCCGCGUCAAAGGACGACAGCGUGCCGUUAGACAGAAGCUACGACUUAGAGGCUGAGCGGAGCGUAGCGGGCGGCGCUGUGAGCGUGGGGAGCGAUGCAAAAGAUGACAUCAUGGCACUUGGAGACAUGGGAAUAAAUGACGUCGACGAUCAGAGGUUGAAGGAAGGCCCAGUGACCCUCUUGUUCCUGGGAUACACUGACACCACAUCUGGCCAAGACGCCAACCAAGAGGGCGAUGAAGGCAUGCUCACUGCGGAGCGAGUCAUGAUCACCGAGGAUGGAGAGGAAUACGUCUUAGGACCCGAAACAUCUGCUGCAACUCCGUCAGAAUCAAACAAGGCGGCAGAGCGGGAGGAAGCGAGAGAGUUUCAGGACGUUCCACUGGACGGAGCUGGAGGCGGGGCUAAAGUCCAGAGCGGGGACAGCGACAGAGGGCUGCGUAAAUCACCAUCACCCAGUAAAGCAGAGAGAGAAGGUUCAUCCAAGCCCAAGAGAUGCCAGUGCUGCUCCGUCAUGUGAGAGAAAGACUCACUGGACUUAAUCAGGAGGUUUGUUGUGUUUCAUACCACUUUGCCUUUUUAUUACACCACUGCUGCUUUAACCAUCAUUUCUAUGAGUGCACAGCUGCAUGAACUAUUAUCUAACACGGUGGUCUGAGCCUCCAGCUCCUCACUUCAUCAAAGAUCGAGAGCGUCAGGAUGUUUUAAGACUUUUGAAGAGGUGUGAUUAAAGAUCCACUUCCACCCCCUGGUGGACAAAGUCGAGCAUUUCAAUAUGCCAUCCUGCAGCUGUGCUGAUACGUCUUACCUCAAGUGACCCUUCUUUUUCUCUGCCUUGGGAUUUGUCAUUUGCCUUAACAGCCAGAAAUAUUCCAUAUGUUUAAAAGGUGCUUCCUCCGGGAACUGGAAAAACCAAAGAGGACGGGGGAGAGGACAAAUAUUUGCAGUUUGCAGCAUGAAGAUGAGACGAAUCAUGGUCUCAAUGAAGUUUGUAUUCUACAAUCUAACACAAGUUUUACAUGUUAACGUUUUUAAGUCCGCCUCUGAUCUAAAAAAAAAUAUGUGCUUCAUAUUUCUUCUCCAGAGUUGGUUGUGGAGUUAUGGAAGAGCUUUAUCAAAAUCAGCCAGAACAUAUAUACUUAAGCAAUGUUGUUAUAGGCAACAGCAUCAGAGUCUGGGAUGAUAUAACUAAAUAUCAGGGAAGGAGAAGUGUGAAACCUUCAACUGUCUCUUGUGGUUCGAUGUCCUGACUUCACUGAAAGCACCGGUUCACAGGCGUUCAUCUUAUUCAGCUUAUUAAAAAUAUAUGGUUGUGUCGA